CUUUAAAAAACUGUGAGAUUAAAGGAUUAAAUUAAACCAAAUUAUAAUUAAAACACUUGGACUAAAUUUAUUGGAAACAUAAAGUCAUAUUUGAAAUUAGUUUGAGCAGAUAAAUAUAGGUUAUAUUUGGAUUUGUUUACAGAGAUGUGCAUGGAACAAAAGUAGAGAGUGUGGAUUAUUAAAACUAAUUAAAAUAAUAAUAAAAUUGUUCAAUUAAAGAUAACAAUGCAAAAGUUCGCUAGAUUAAAACGCGAACUCAAACAAUUUGAGUGUUCUCCCACAGAAGGGAUCUGUUGUUAUCCGAAAUCAAGUAAUUUCGAAUGCCUCAUUGCAACAAUUGUCGGACCGAGUGGAACCCCAUACAAUGGUGGCAUUUUUGAGCUAGAAAUCAUGAUACCCGAAAAGUAUCCAUUCGAACCCCCGUUGAUUACUUUCAAAACACCCGUUUACCAUCCAAACAUUGAUAACAAAGGUCGUAUCUGCAUGGAUCUUUUAAACAUGCCACCUAAAGGCACCUGGAAGCCUACUAUCUGUUUGAAAACUCUUUUGGAUGCUGUACAGUAUCUAUUGGGAAAUCCAAACCCUGAUGAUCCUUUGAUGACCGAUAUAGCAGAAGAAUAUAAAUUUAAUAGGCAGCAAUUCGAGAAGACAGUAAGAAAAUACAUAGAAGAAACUAAAAAUAAAUUAUCAUAAAUAGUUGUAAAUAUUUUUUUGUAUUUUUGAUACGUAAAUAUAAUGGAAAAUGGAUUAUU